CAUGGGCGUGACUGCGGCUGGGCUAGUAGUAGUAGCAGGAGGAAGCGUAGCCUGUUUUUAAGAACAAGGACUCGGAACCAAACCGGCGGAAACCCGACGGGAUUCGCUUGGAUCAAACGGGAAAAGGGAGGAUUAAUUUAUUAUUACUGGCUUCGCGUCCGGGUCGCGGCGGUUGCGGUUGAUUUGAUCCCCGGCCGGCGGCGGGCGUCUCGCGCGUGAAUCGAUCGGUUGCGCCGCGGCGGGGCGGAGCCUGGAGCUCGAAUUGGGAUUUGGUGGAUUGGGAGGGACGCGGACUCGCGGCGGCUCCGUUUAAGUGGAAAUUUCGUCGUAGCCGCCGCCGCCGCCCGCCUUCGUCAGGGCGGUGGGUGGGGUGGUUGCGCGCGGGCUAGCGAGCGAGGUUCGACGUCUCCCACGUCAUUGCGGUUUCGGGAGCAGUUGGUGGUGGGCGGCCGCGGCCGGACGGCGGCGAUCGAUCCCUAGGCGGCGCCGCCGCUGGAGGAGGCAGACAGGUCGAUCCGCCGAAUUAAGCGCCUCUGGCUAGCUCCUGCAGGAUUUGGUGCGCGCGCGCGUGUGUUUAUGGGCGAUUUAGAUCGGGGAAUUUAGCUGGUUCCCCGGUGCGAGUCAUGGCCGCUGAUUCCAGCAUGGGAUUUCAUCAGGGGAUCACCGCCUCGGUGUACAACCACCACCACCACAACAUGCUCUCCUUCCAAUCCAACAGCGACGCAAGCAUGGGCGGCGGCGGCGGCGCUUCCGGGAUGGGGUUCGUAACUCCGAGGAGCAUGAGUGGGACGAGUAGCAGCACCGCCGGCCUCUUCAUCUCCACGAACAACAACGGCAACGGCGUGUUCGGCAACGCUUCGGUGGUUGGUCCGUCGUCAAGGAGCUCGUCGUCAGGGGAUGCGUUCCGUGGUGGCACGUCUGCGCCCAAGCAUAAGUUCGUCACGGGUUCGCCUUCGGAAUGGACUGACCGUGAGGUGGAUAUACUGAAAGAAGGUCUCGCGAGAUAUGGUCGCGAACCUAAUAUCAUGAGGUACAUCAAGAUAGCGGCUAUGCUACCCAACAGGACCAUCAGGGAUGUUGCACUGCGGUGCUGCUGGUCUACAGGUAAAGAUAGAAGGAAGAAACCCGAUGGAUUUUUUUCUGGGAAAAAGAUAAGAGACAUGAAGCCAAUGCAGGAUAAAAUGGUUGCAUCCUCCACAACGACUAAUUUUAACAUGGCACCUACAAACAACUUGAACCCUUUCUCAAUAUCGAUGCAAAAUCCAAAUCAGCAGUGUCAAGUUCCCAAGGAAGCAGCUCCUGUUGUGGAUAGUGCGACCCAGCAGCUCCUGGAGGAAAAUAAUCAAUUACUUACCCAGAUUGCUGGAAAUAUUGAAACAUUCAAGACCGAGGAAAACACGAGCCUCUUUCUUCAGACGAAUAACAACAUCAAAACAAUUUUGAGCAGAAUGAGUGAGACACCUGGCAUCAUGAGCCAGAUGCCUCCACUGCCAGAAUUUGUACAUGAAGACCAGCUCAAUUCACUUCUUCAUGUUGACAGAAUGGUUGCAGCACAUGCCUCACACAUGAAGCUAGAACCUCGGAGCUAAUGUGUGCCAAAUACCGAAAGGAGAAAGACCAGAUGGCUUCAGCUUCUUUCCCUCAGUUUCAUAGCCAUGCCGCAAAGAAUGCCUACAUGCUGCUAUACUGAUGGAGUGCCAGGAAUAGUUGCCUCACUUUCUCAGAGAUUAUUUCCUACCUUUCCUGUUGAAGCUCACAAGCAUAUUUGGAAGGAAGUCCUGCAGUUGUGCAGGGUGUGGGAAGGAGUUGCUGGUGUAUCCAGCAACUACGCCACACAAUUGAUUCGGGACUACAGCCAAGUGACUGUAAAUAUUGGAUGGCCGGAGGUGUUCCAUGUUUUGUUUUCUCCAAUUGGUCGUGAAUACAUUUUUCAGUAGGGCGCUGCUUGCAUUUGUUUCCAGUUUGUACUCUGUACAGCAUAGAGCCUUGCCCUGAUACACAUUGUGGCAUUGUGCCGUGUUGGUAAAACCAGCUAACGGCGUUCCAGUUCAAGAGGUGUCAUAGGUUUGCGUAAAUGUCGCCUUAGUGGCUUAGUCUAGGCUUCUAGCUAUUCUGGUCAUUUCAAUUUUUCAUCAAACCAAACUGUAGGAAUGCUGUGUCUGAAACCUUAACUUUGGACUAGAGUUCUACAAAUUCUGCCUCUUAUAUCA